UCGCUAUUUCGCUUUCCGGUUUGUCUUACCUGCCUCCGGCCCAGCCCACCUUCCUCAAAUAUGCAAACCUAUAGUAAACAGACACCUGGCACGCCGAGCGAGCAGCUGGACAAUAAUCUCUUUUCCCUGUCAGUCGGCAGGUUAGAGUCACCUUGCAGAGAAGGGAGGGAGCCCGCCCUGAUUCAUUCGGAGCCGUUCCUGGGCAAUUAUUAACCGCAUUCUUGAAUGCCAGCCUGGUAUGGGAAAAUGCCCCACCGUGCCGAAGGAAGCGGGGUCCAGCCGUCGGAAAUACCUCUAGCCGGCCGACUGGCCCUCUCGGCCACGGCGUUGCUCUUGCUGAUGUUGGCCUACCGGUAUUUGAAGUCUCGAGUACCUUCUGGCAGCACCCCAGCCGGGGCUGCCGAUGCCAACGUCGCCGGGGCAGAGCAAAGAGAAUGGCAGGUUUGCAGCCGGGUGGAAAACAAGCCAGCGGCGCUGAGGCACAGAGGAGGCCGGGGCAGGGAGACGGAGCCAUGCCACCCAGGGACCAAUCAGCUGACGCAGGUGGGUAGAUGUGGCGGAGUAGCGGAAGAGUGUGGGCAGGCUCGGAUCCCUGCUGGCAGAGAGCUGCCCGACACGAGAGAAACCGAGGCAGAAGAAAAACAAGAGGCAGGGGAAGUGAGCCAUCCGGAAUCUGGGGUGGAAAAAGGGUGGAGGUCAGAAGACGAGGCUGGGGACACCUACUGCACCAUCCAGAACUCCACUAGCAAAACUGGGGCCGGUUCGGACAAUUUAGGAGGUCAUUCCCAAGCUGCUGUAGGUCUACUCAACCAAGUGAGGGAACCCAGUAACAUCCCUGGCUGGGCUGUUGAUCCUGUUGAAGCUGACUCUAGCUGUGCUAAGCCGGCGGAGAAGGAUGUCCAUCCCGCAGACGGUUUGAAAAGAGGAGGAAAUCAGCAGCUGGGAAAAGGUCCCCAUAUUGUGGAGAGGUGGUUUGGCCCCGAGAAGAUCCAGUCCUUCUAUGCCACCAGUGAUAUGGGCUUGGCCAUCAACCACAGCCACGUGCAAUCUCACCUGGCCUAUGCAUUCUCCUCGGUGGCCAAGGUGGAGGUGGAGGAGAACUUCAUCCAAGAGAAGCGACGUUCCGGGAAAGCCGGAGACACUCAACUGAGAGGCAAAGUCUACGACUACUAUGUUCAGUCUACUUCUCAAUCCGUCACUAAUGAAACCACCUUUGGGACCAACUUAGAUCUCCAACGAUCCUGCAACCUCUCGACUGUCAACAUCCUUAAUGCAUCCAAGAAAUGUGAGGCGGAGGAACCUGUCUGCUCAUCGGUGACCAAAGAUGAAGUCAACAAGCUUGUUUUGGAGAAGGUUCCAGACACAUCUUCUCAUGUUCUCCUCAGUCCUGCAAAAGACACCCAACCUAAGGACCAAAGAGAAGCAGUCGUUGUUGAAGAAGACAACAACUCCUCGAAACGUUUGUUGGCUAGAUAUAGCUUCAUCCGGAAAGAGAGCUUCCAAAGAAUUGUAGAUAAUCCAGAGUUACAGGUGCCGAUGGAAGGUUUUGGUUCUCCAGCAAUUGGACCCUCAGCUGGCCACACCUCACCUCCAGCUCCUCUUCGCUUGGAUUCUACUUCAUCUCUGGUGAGGUCCAUGCAAAAUCUCCCCAGCAGUGGAAGAGAAGAGCCAUCGGUGGAGCUUGUGGCUGGUGCUAAAUUUUUCCAUGUCCCACUGAGCUCAGACGCCUCUCUCGAUGUGCACUUAGAUUUGGGGAACUGCUACCAGGUCUUGUGUAUGGCCAAGAAGCAGAAACUUAAGGAUCUGCAAGAAGCGGUCUACAAGGUCAUGAGUGACAACUAUCUCCAAGUGCUGAAGACCCAGGCCAUCUACCGCCAACUCAACGCUGCAGAGAGAGACUUGAUCCUAGAGAAGAGGAUGAGAGGCAAGAAAUACUUGACUGUGGCAGAUGUUGGUUGCCACACAAGUGGACUCUCUUACUACGAUGAUCAGAAGGACGCUUGGCAUCCAUUAACCCACAUCCCUGUGGAAGCAAUUUCCAGGGGUUGCGCCAUCUGCAGCAUGUUCAACUACCUCUUUGUAGUAGCUGGCUGCGAAGGGCGUGGAAGGUAUCAGAAACCAUCCAAUCGUGUCUUCUGCUACAACCCCUUGACCGACAUCUGGCAGGAGAUCUGUCCACUCAACCAAGCUAGACCCCACUGUAAGCUGGUGGCCCUGGAUGGUUGCCUCUACGCCAUCGGUGGAGAAUGCCUCUACACAGUCGAACGAUACGACCCACGUCUGGAUCGAUGGACGUUUGCUGCCCCUCUACCCAACGACACCUUUGCCGUGGCCCACACUGCCACCGUCUGCGACGGGGAGAUCUGUGUGACGGGCGGCACCUUGAGAUACAUGCUGCUCAGGUACGUCGGACGGACGGACACCUGGAAAGUCCGCCUCACUGGAGGAAGCCAGGACAGGACAACCGAGAUGGUGACCGUCAACGGCUUCAUCUACCGCUUUGACCUCAACCAGAGGAUGGGCAUCAGCGUCUAUCGCUGUAGUGCCAGGGCCAAGCUAUGGUAUGAGUGUGCCACCCACCCAAUUCCCUUCCCAUCUUGCUUCCAGUGCGCCGUGGUUGGAAAUCUUGUCUACUGCGUCAGCCGGCAGUUCAACCUCCGUUUCUUGGCUGACUUGGUGUCUCCACGGUUCGGAAACAAAGAGGUGAAAAAUUUCCCUUCCCCAAGAGGAACCCUUAUCCCAGUUACUCUCAUCUUGCCUGAAGGGUACAAAACAUCUCAAACAAGGGUUUGAGGGGCCCUGUAGAAGCUACCUUUGGAACAACAGAACAAACCUACUUCCAAGGACGAUGAUGAUCUUCUCGUUUCUCUCCCAGCCCAUCAAAGAAACUAGCACUGUAGGCAGAGUGGGCCUGUCUCUUUCUACCAAGAUAUUUAACAGAAGAGCAGAGUUGGAGGUCUUCUAGACCAACUUAAAUCUUUGUACAUUUGCAUACAAAUUAACCAUAGACUUUUGAGGUCCCAGAGAGCAUUCUCAAUGAGCCGCGGUGGCGCAGUGGUUAGAGCGCAGUACUGCAGGCUCCUCCUACUGAUCACCGGCUGCCUGCAAUUUGUCAGAUCGAAUCUCACCAGGCUCAAGGUUGACUCAGCCUUCCAUCCUUCCGAGGUGGGUAAAAUGAGGAUCCAGAUUGUUGGGGGCGAGAGGCUGAUUCUGUAAACCGCUUAGAGAAGGCUGUAAAAGCACUGUGCAGCGGUAUAUAAGUCUAAGCAUUAGUGCUAUUGCUAUUCAGGAGUGAGUGCAAAUUUAAGCCAAUUCUGUAUAAACCAGGAUGGUGGUCCUCCGUACCAUAUUAUCUCCUGCUGGUCUAUGAGUUUAAGAUCAAGUAGUCCUUCUGUGAUCUCCAGUUGGGAUUCAUCUUUAGAUCUUAGUGGUUGACCCACUGCCUUGGGAUAGGAGUAGGGGAAUACAGAUCCGCCUAGUUCAGAGCAGAACAACCUGUGAUCUACCAGUGAAGGUCCUCUAGGAAGCCCAUCCUCCAGACACCAAUCCCAAUAGUAUUUCUCCAUGUGACAUUUCUGGCAAUUGUUAACAGGAGGUAUGGAGUGCCUCUAGAUUUUUACAAAUUACAAUCCUUUCUUUUCUCCCGUGAACUUUUUAAAUCUCCUUUUUAUACUUUUGUAGAAGAACUUUGUGCCUUCAAAGUGUAUUGCUGUUGCUGUUUCUCCUCCUUCCUACCCCUUUGCCAAUCCUCUCAUCUCCUUGUAGGCCUGCUCCAGCUCUCCUCCUUAGGACAGAAAGACCGUUGCUCCAUUGGAGUAACGUAAUGGGUUCUUUUACUAAGUGGUUGCAGCAAAAGGAAGGCUAGAUCUAAGGGUUCCCGCGCAAAGCAUUACAGAUUUUUCCCCUUCUCCCCAGACCUUCCCCCUUGACAAGCCUGUCUCUGUCCAAUGGUGUGCCAUGUAGGUGUUUUGGGAAACAGCUUGGAUGUUUGGUGCAGUUCGCAUCCUUUUCCCAGGCUAGGCGUCCUUGAAGACUGGAAUAGGCUGGUCCUCAGACCUCUGAUUUCCGUCAAGCCUGUCACACACACACACACCCCACUUCUCAUUUCUACUCUCCACAUGCCAAUUGCCCCCUUCCUCUUCCUCCACCCCAACGAUCUAUGACAGGAUGCAAAACGCAAAGCUGAAGAUGGUAGAUCUGACCCUCAUCCUGGACUUACGAACCCCUCACUUCCUUUCACAAAAAUCUUCAGUGUUUGGCUGGCGUCCAUUCCGUCGCUGGCAGUUUCUCUCUUAGGUCGGUUGACGGUUACAGGUAGCCCUCAACUUACAACCGUCGGUUUAAUGACUGUUGAAAUGGCGGCAGCAUCCCCUGAUCAACAUUUGGGCGCUCAGCCUGUAUUUAUGACGGUUGCGGAAUCACACCAUUUGCAAUCUUCCCGGGAACGGCUUCCCGGGAAGCAAAGUCCUGGGGAGGAGCCGGAUUUGCUGAAACGGCCGUGUGAUUUGCUUAACGACCGUGGCAAAAAAACAAAACAAAACCGAACAAACAGGUGCGACUGAUUUAAAUGGCCGCAUUGCUUAGCGAUGGAUGUUCUCCUCCCCAUCGCGGCCGUAAGUCGAGGACUUGCCUGUGACAAGCAUUCCAUGACGUCAAAACAAAGGGAGCCCUAACCGCCCCGAUGUCAAACCACAACAAAUUGUCGAGCCUUAAUGCUACUAAAUAAUGUAUGGGUCAUUUUUCAGGGGUUGACUGUGCAAAUAAAGUAAGCCACCGCAAAGCAAACAACGAAACAAACCCUUAAAAACA